AUGGAGGCCGUUGUUGAAAAUAUGUGGCGUGAUAUUCUAUCUAGUGCACAGGGAGGUGACCUUUGGAAGGAGAAAUGUCGUCUUGCCGUAGCAUGUGUCCAAAAAGCAUCUGACGCAGCAGCCAAGGAAGCGGGGCAGCCCUAUCGUGUUAUCACUACGCCCGCCAUCAACCCAGCUCGUGAGACAGAACAACCCCCUCCUAUUGCUGAACGCCAAGCAUGGGGGUUGCCAACACUUCCACCAGCUAAGUGGGAGAUUGCUUGGAAUGAUUCCUCCAACUUUUCGAAGGCCAGCAUUUCUAAUAGAGCGAAGAUAGCUUGGAUCAAAGCAUGGGAGGAAGCUUGCAAGGCAAAUGACCGAUAUAUCCCUUUGAUCAGUCAAGGUGUCGCAAAAUACGUAACCAUGAACUUGCCCUCGACAACUCCUGAAGUACUACAAUUCGAGACCGAUCCUACCGUCAUUAAAGGCAUGGUAAAAGCUCUGAUUCCGAUUAAAGGCUCAUCCACCUCCAGCCUUCAAGACUGGGUCAAAGGUCGGAUUAUUGAGCACUGCCAAAGAGUUACUAAGCUGACUGCUGGGACACAACAACCCAACAAAACUGAAUUCGAGGAUACUAUGUAUGAUAUUUGGGCCUGCACUGUGAACUGUCUUUCGGACGUAGCGCGCACCAAGACGAUUUCCGGGUGA